AUGUGUGAGGCCGUGAGACAGAACUUCGUAACCGAGACUGCAGCAGUCGAAGAGAAGUUCAUGACCGAGCGGGUCUCCAGCCUCCUGGCCCAGUUCGAUUGGGAGGAUGCGACGAUCACCAAGGACCGAUUUCUGGCCAUCAUGGACAAUGAGAAGGCUGCAGAGUACCUGCAAGAGGCUGGCAUCGAUGUGGUGGGUCUUGUGGACCUUGCCGAAUACAUCUUCCAGUCUGACCUUCAUGGAUAUGAGUUCAACCGGAAACUCAGCUUCAACGACUUCAUGAAGUUGCUCCUCUCGCUGCGGGGCGGCAAUGAUGUGAAGCUGAAGGACAUCAUCGAUCUCAGGAAGUACAUGAACUCACACACGAACAUGUCCAACAGUCACAUUGCCAAGAUUGAAGCCCAACUGCGGCAAAUUGAGCGCAAGCUACUACCACUCAGCGGACACUAUGCCUCUACGCAGAAAGCAGCUUUCCGGGAAGGCAGCGGGACGAAGGAAUUCACCGACCUCCCGAGCGAGAAAGUGACAGACUGUCAGCGGAGUGGCAGCAAUUUCACCUUCGAUUCCGACACAGUGAUGCUUCUGGAAAACGGGGCCAGCCUCAGCCCUGGCGGACCCGGCGGCUCUGCCCCUUCUCUUGCACUGACAGGGCUUCGAGAGAAGGCGCUCCUGGUGGAUGCUCUCAGAGGCUGCCGAGAAGCGAUGCUGCAGAAAGAGUCCUUCGGAAAGGAUGUUACACGAGCCCCGCGCUCGCCCUUCCCGGCACUCCGAAAGCUGGAUCAAAAGAAGUCGAUGCAGACAGAUUCUGACUGGCGGCUGCAGGACCUAGCAAAUGCAGACCUGCCCGGUCGUUGGUUGGAUGGCCGGGCAAGGGGCGGGAGAGAUCCAUGCCGCCACAGUGUUGACUCCUGGCUUCGAAGACUUUUCUUGCUGGCAGCCUUCCGCAGCACCUGGUCUGCAACAUCCGGGCAGCUGGGCGGAAGGUUGGCCAUGCUCGAAGCUUCAGGCUGCCCAUUGCCUUCCUGCGGCCUCGAGACAGACAAGACGCGCAUCCUGGAUGUCGCGACAGCGCUGCACUGGGCGCAAGCGUGGUCUGGUCUGUGGAUUGGCGAAAUGUGCUACGCUCGAGGUGGCGAUGCUCACGCAGGACUGAGGCUGAUCCUGGGUCUCCAAGGCGAUCCACAGGUAGACCGUGCGACGGAGGCGCUGACAGCCGCUGCAGCUGAAAUGGACAUCUCUCAGCAACCUUCGUCAUCCAGCAGUCGGCGGAGCGGCCGCCCUGGAGGGAGCGCCGAGUACUGGCGGUACUUCGGGUUUCUGGCAGAUACCGACUUUGACUGCGAGACGGAGACGGUGCGGUACAUCGAGGAGCAGAUUCGCCGGCGGCGAGAGCCCUCGUCGAUUGCAGAGGUAGCUGCUAGCGCGCUCUGUGCUUCAUCUGGCAAGGACCUGAUGCUUGUCGGUGCUGGGUGGAAUGAGCAAAAUGGGCUUUUCACUGCCGAGGCACAGCUGCCGAAAGUGCCAAGCUCUGCGACAGGCCAGGUGGAUCCGGCGCUGUCCCAUUGA